CAAUCGACACCGAGGGCUUGGACCACUCCAUUGUCAUCACGGUCACGGACCCCCACAGCCUGGACAGCGCCUGUCCCGUGGAAGGCUCGACUUGUCUGGCGGACGGCGCUCUUACUGUCGAACUCGAUGGUGAAGUCGCUCUUUUGUCUCCUGGAGAGGUCGAGCUCGGCCCCAACGUGGCAAUCUCUGCGGUCAACCUUCCGGGCGCUUGCAGGUCUUUCGGGUUCGAGAAGUACUGGGAGCGCAAGAAAGCAGAGUACGCGGCCAGCGGCCGGAGGCUCAACAACCUCUCGCAAAUGCAGGAGAUGUCGGACUGGAUCCUUGGUGACCCUACCGCGACUAACAUGGCCGAGUGCACGGAGUACGUGUUGGGUGCGACGGUCAACGGCCAGGCUGGAUUGCUCGAGCAUGAUUCGGAACACGCGUCAUUCCAAAUCUUGACUCCCAAGGGAAGCAUCCGCCUCACCCAUGGCCGCCUUCACCAGCUCGCCAUGCGUGACCCGACGGACAGGUUCGAUAUCCCAGAUCACCUCACCUGGCAGAUGAACCUCGCCUUUGACAAUAUUGACCUGACUCUGGACGCUACGGGUAUUCUCGGCGAGACGCAGCAGCACACUUAUGACGCCAACGGCAACCCUAUCAUGGAGGGGAUGGCUGCUAUCCGUGGGUCGCAGGAAGACUACCUUGUCGAGGGCCCCCUGGACACCGUGUUCGUCGCAGCCCGCAACCACCCCUAGGUUACCGUCAACCUUACUCAACGGGACUGGGUUGCAACGAAGGCCCCCAACUAUGUGAAAAUUUGUCGGCAUUGUUGUUUCUUCUCGGUUUCCUUGAUUUGUAAUUCGGAGUGUUGGAUUUGUUGGUUCCUCGGCGUGGUUGUAAGCCGGUCGUGUGGAAUUGGUUGGUUCACGUUUUUUAUUUAUCGGUCGAUGCCAUGCUUCGUGAAGAGAGAGCGGUUGGUCACCAUUCAAUGUGGCCUUUGUCAGCUUCCACACGCUGGCAUUGUGCUUGGUGGUGGUGCUGUUCCGCUGGCGGGUCGUUCUAAGAUGAUAAUCACAAUCAUUAAAGCCGUAGACUCCCAAGCGGAAAAUAUUAGCUGUAAAUGUUGUGGAGGUUAUUUCGAGGCGAACGGAAUGGCGGUCGAGAGGUAUCCUGCAGAACCGGUCGACGCCACCGCCCAAUAUGUGCGGUUGGCUCCGGAAGAUACGCGCACGUUAUUUAUUUUGUACUGCUACGUAGAUAUAACAAGGUGAGGGCUUUGAUUCUGCGCUGAUCAAAAAGGGCAAGUAUCCGGUGUGUUGCCUUUUACCCGCAUGCAUUUUGUUUGCGGUGAUCAAGAUGAAGGGCUCAUUGAUGCUGGGCUUCUUCAAUUGUUUCCGCUUGUUGAAAAGGGAGACCGAGUGUUCCGUUUUUGCGGCUUGCUGCCGAUAGCCCGGUGUUUUGUGGAAUUUCCGCGGUACAUUUUUCUUCCCGAGAAAGUUCCGAUGCCUCUUGUGCUUGAUCAUUGAUACAUCCGCCCCUGUGACCGUGACACUUAUUGGACUAGAACGGGAGUACUGUUCUACUCGCACUUGGUAGUGCUCCCACGCGUGCGUUCGUUUGAGGUGUCUCGUCAGACCACGUUUCAACCCUUGAUAUCGGAGAGUAGGUCGAGUUGCCGCUCGGGUGUGUGGAUUGUGAGGGCCACCCCCAGGAAAAUUGUGCUCCCCAUUGGUAGGAAACGACCAAUUAGGAAACCUUCGUCUAAAGAUGCUGUUCUAAUGUGGCGAGCUUUGCAGAGCACCAGAAGCCCGAGUUCUAUUCGUCUGGCUCCUCUCCGGGCGGUGGUCGCGGAGCGUACUUCCAUGUCUCUGGUUUCAAAAUAUAUGUAUUGGUGAAGCAUCCGCUCGGCAUUUGGCCAGACACUUCCCCGCUUCAAGUUCGGCACAGAUUAUGUGCCAUCUCGACGCAUCGACCACGGAUUGGAAAGGUAGCAGUUGGGACAGGCCGGAGGCAAAAUGUUAAUGUUUCUUGUUGAGGCAUGUGUAGGUUGCAAUUUGUUGCCCAACUGGUGAAGUGGGAUCCAGUGCGCCGUGAUGCUCGUCGAGCCCGUGGCCAUUCUGACAAACAGACAGAGAGACGGACGUCCAUGUGUAAUUAUUCAGCACCCUCUCCCUUUUAAUUUUUUUUUAAUAAUAUUAGCGUACUACAAAUCACCAAUAGUUUUUUGACUAUUUAAAACAAGAUUCACCCCUACUGGGCGGCUUCUUGCAAAAAGAAACAAAGCAGGUUAUCUCGUGUG